AUGUCACCCUUUAAAGGUUUCAGUGAGGGCGGCGAGUCGAAGAGUGAUGAUGAUUUCAACAAUGGCAAUAAUGCGGCGGGCUACGGCUCUGGCUCUGACUCUGAGCCCGUGACGGGUUUGCAGAAGGAGUUGAUUGCGGUCGAUAUGGUGCUGGCUAGGAAGAUGGCGCUGGUCAACGGGGCGAUUGACGAGAUUGGGAUGACGCCGUUCCAGUGGAAGCUGUUCUUUCUCAAUGGUUUUGGGUAUGCGGUUGAUUCGCUCCUCGUCGUCUGUCAAUCCAUCGCGCAGCCAGCCGUGACGCAGGAGUUUGGGAACCCCAGUGCAAAAGUCGCAGGGGUGGCUCUCGCUUCCCAGGUCGGUCUGCUUGCUGGCGCUGCAGUCUGGGGGUUCUCUGCCGAUGUCAUUGGUCGCAAACUGGCGUUUAACUCGAGCCUGUUUCUGUGUGCUGCGUUUGUCCUCAUCGCUGGCGGCAUGCCGAACUACAUUUCCUUUGCAGCUAUGGUCGCCAUCUACUCCGCAGGCGCUGGAGGAAAUUAUGUCCUUGAUGCUACAAACUUCCUCGAGUUCCUCCCAGUCAGCCACGCCUGGCUCGUCACCUUCCUCGCUGUCUGGUGGGCCGUCGGCUACACAAUCACCGGCCUGCUCGCCUGGGCCUUUAUGAGCAACUUCAGCUGCGACCCAUCACUAACAGCCGCCGAAUGCACACGCGCCGACAACAUGGGCUGGCGCUACCUCCACUUCACCUGUGGCGGACUGGUCCUCGUCCUCAGCAUCCUCCGCCUCGUAGCAAUCCGCAUGAAAGAAACGCCCAAAUGGCUCGCGAGCCAGAACCGCGACGAGGAGCUCUAUACAAUCCUCCUCAACCUCUCCGAGCGCUAUAACCGUCCUCUAACCCUCACACUGUCCGAUCUAACCAGCCAAGGCCGCGUUCAGCACACCGAGCAAUCUGUCUGGUCAGCCCUCCGCCUCCGCUCCCACUUCACUGGCCUCUUCAGCACAAAGCGCCUAGCCUACUCGACCACAAUGAUAAUCAUCAACUGGCUCUUCAUCGGGACAGUGUCCCCGCUCUACAGCGUCUUCUUACCAUACUACCUGCAAUCCCGCGGAGCAGACACGGGUGACAACUCCAACUACACGACCUGGCGCAACUACGCCAUAAACCAAGUGGCCGGACUCGCCGGCCCUAUCAUCGCAGCAGCCCUCGUCGAACUCCGCUUCUUCGGCCGGCGCCGCACCCUCGCCCUCGGGGCUGCAGUCACGACUGCCCUGCAGUUCGGAUACACGCAGAUCAAGACACCAGCGCAGAACGUCGGCGUCUCGGCCGCGAUCUCGGCCGCCUCAAAUAUCUACUACGGGACUAUCUACGCGUAUACGCCGGAGAUUCUGCCAUCGGCGCAUCGCGCGACGGGGUACGGGCUUUGUGUUGUUGUUAAUCGGAUCGGUGGCAUUGUGGGUGUUCUUGUGGGCAGUUAUGCGGAUGUGCGUACCACUGUGCCGCUGUUUAUCUGUGCGGGGCUUUAUGGCGCGUUGGUUGUUACGAGUUUGUUGUUGCCGUUCGAGAGUCGGGGGCGGAGGAGUGUUUAG